ACUUAUCGCAAAUUUUAUACUAUAUUAUGUUCAUGAAAAUCAUCAAUAUCAUAUUUUUAUAUUCUUUACGCUAUAACUUUAAUUUUUCAACAAAACUAAAAUUUAAUUUAUAUACUUUCCUUUUAAAGUCUCGAAUCUUUUUCACAGUAAUUUAAACGCCAUUAUCCGUAAAUUAUGUAAUUUUUUACUAUAGAAAAAUAACAUGUUUGUACAUUUCUGCCAUUCUCCUGCUAUCAUAUAAAUAAAAGAUAAAAAAAGAGAAAAUUUACAAAGAUAUAUCACACACGCUGUAAAUGAAAAACAAAAAUAGUUUUAAGAUAAGAUUAAACACCCUAUAAUCAACGCAAGUAUUUGAACAUUCGCGCGCCCUUCGUGUUAUAGCACCACGAUGCUGUAUCUAGUAACUUUCCUUACUCUGAAAGUGUCUGUAAACUUCACUUCCAAAAAUUUCCACAAAAUUUCCAAAUAAUCUUCCACUUCUCUAUAAAUUCUAUAAACCAAAAUCAUUUACAAAAUCUCGUGCAAACUUCUUAAUCAAAAUAUCAAACAUUCUGGUGUGUAAUUUAGUGGAUCGAUUUCUGCAACGUGAUACAUGGCGCCAUCUCGUCAACGAGAACUUUGUUGCAUCGUUGCAUGUUCCAUGGCAGUAGGCGACCCUGUGUUUUGUCAGGUAGAUAGGUUGCUCGUUCCUUCUUCGAACGUGAAUUUCAAUUCGAAAAUCCGUCAAAUAAGAGGAAGUACGAUGUAUACAAUAUAUAGCGGGCACCAAAACUCGUGUCGAUCUUUUCGUUUAAAAAACGUCUCGGUCCAAGUGGGAAAAAUCGCGCGCAUGUUUUAGGUUAAACCGUACGGAGUCGGUCGAGUACAUAACAAUGCGCUGCGUGAGAAAUUCAUACGGUGAAAGUCUGUUGGACGUCGUGCAAUCGGAAUUCCGACGAAGCGAACGUUGUCGCGGGCUCUUCGCCGCUUUCUGACCGCCUUCCUCUUUGAUCGUGCGUGCAUCUCAUCGUGUGCGUUUCGUUUGCGGUGCAACAACAGCCUGGUAGGGGGCAAGAGAGGGAGAGAGACAGCGAGAAACAGAGAGGGAGAAAAAUGCCGAGGAUGCUCGAGUGGCAAUGAUUCCGCUCAAAUUUCGCCGCUGUCCAAUUUCAUAUAGGAUUUCCCCGCAUUGCACAUGCAACGAGUGACGGUAAACAGAUUCACGUUCCGACGAACAUACGCGCUCGCGGAAUGGAAAUCUAACUGCUCUCCAAACUGUUUUCCUCCAUCGAAAGGGUACUAGAAUAAUUGAACAUGGCAGAUGAUGAGGGUACAGAAUGGCUGCAAGAACUGUUGCACGAUGUUCAACUUUCACAGUUUUUCACCAGAAUAAGAGAUGACCUACAAGUCACUCGACUACACCACUUUGAUCAUGUACAACCGGAAGAUCUUGAACAGAUAGGAUUAGGAAAGCCAGGUAUUAGAAGAUUACUAGAAGCAGUGAAGAAAAAGAGGACUACACAAUGGAAGAAAAGCUUGAUGACCAAGAUCAGGCCUGGGAGUAGCACAAAAAGCAAUAAAAGAUCUUCUCAACCAGUUGAAGGUUCCUCAGUGCUAACAUGUCUCAUUCAAGAUAAAGAUGUGACACUGUCUGAUAAACUAGGUGAUGGUAGUUUUGGUGUAGUGAGACGUGGACAAUGGACUUCUCCUUCUGGUAGGAUAUUACCAGUUGCUGUAAAAGUUCUGAAGGCGGAUGCCCUGACUCAGCCAAAUGUUAUUGAAGAUUUUGUGGCAGAAGUUCAAGCAAUGCACACAUUGGAUCAUCACAAUCUCAUUAGGUUAUAUGGAGUAGUGUUAUCACAACCGAUGAUGAUGGUGACAGAACUAGCCCCUCUGGGAGCCCUGCUCGAUUAUCUGCGAAAACAGUGCAGUCAAAUUUCAGUAUUAACGUUGUGUAACUACGCUUUGCAAGUGGUCACGGGUAUGGCAUACUUAGAAGCGAAACGUUUUCUGCACCGCGACUUAGCUUGUAGGAACGUUCUUCUAAGUUCAGUGGACAAAGUGAAGAUCGGUGAUUUUGGCCUAAUGCGAGCACUGCCGCAACAAGAAGACUGUUAUGUGAUGACUGAACAUAAAAAAGUGCCGUUUCCUUGGUGUGCUCCAGAAUCUUUAAAAGCGCGUAAAUUCAGUCACGCGUCAGAUGUGUGGAUGUUUGGUGUGACAUUGUGGGAAAUGUUAACGUUUGGUGAAGAGCCGUGGAUAGGUUUAAAAGGAUCAGAAAUUCUUCGAAAAAUAGACAAGGAUGGUGAACGAUUACACGAACCAGAAGCAACACCACCAGAUAUGUACCAAUUAAUGCUUCGUUGCUGGGCUCGGGAGCCAUCAGAGCGACCAACCUUCGCUUCUCUAAAAUCUUCUCUCACAGGAAUGGUCCCAACUGUGAUGAAAGCGAUCAGUCACUUCACGAUGGCUGGCAAAAUGACCAUAGAGCAGGGUGAUCAGAUAGUCAUUUUAGACGGACGGCCGGAGAAUUAUUGGUGGAAGGGUCAGAACCAGCGAAGUUUUCAAAUUGGGCUUUUCCCUCGUUGUUUUGUCGAUCCUAUGAGACGAAAACAGCGUGAGGACAUCAGCAAGCCGUUGGAGAAUUCUUUUAUCCAUACUGGUCAUGGUGCACCGUUUGGUAAAAGUUGGGGUAGUCCUAUUUACAUCGACGACGUGUAUCUUCGAAAUCCUAUGGAGCCACCUGACGUCGUUGGAGUAACUGUUCCUCCAGAUAGUCUCGUGAAGGAUAAAUACUGCGGUACACCAAGAUCGCGAAAACAGUUUAAUUAUACAAAAUUACAGAAUGAUAUCGGAGCUAGUCCUGUGAAAACGUUGAACGCCUCUGUUCCUAGUAGCAGUCAGGAGGGCAGUUUGAUAGAUCUGUCUCCAGAGGAGAUGGUGAACACGAGUGAGGCGCAAUCGGACACUGCCUGUCGACGAGUCGUCAAUAUCCUUGACGAGCCUAUUGACGAUUUGGAACGGCAACAACAGACGAGUUGGCAGGACGAGGAUCCUCGAACUUAUGCCAACUUCCCUGGCAACGUCGACCCGGCUUAUUCAGAUCCGUUCGAUACUUCCUCGGUAUUUAUGAAGCUGCCUCAUUCGAGAUAUUACAGUCACGUUCCCUCCGACGUGAGUAGUAGGUAUUUCAAGACACAAACGUAUGGAAACGUACAAAAUCAGGACGUUGGCGGUAGCAGCCAGGACAGUACAAAUUAUUUCACACCAGAAUCCGGCUCAGAUGUGAACCAUUAUUCCCUUAAUCUGAGCAAGGAGAGUAGAAAUGAUAGUAUCAAUCUGAACGUGAACGUGGACACGGAGGAAAAUAAUGCAUAUAGUCAGAAUCACUAUAGUGAGAUCGAUAAGCCUAGUCCACCUAUGGCAAAUUGGUCUAACUGGCCCGAGGAUAUACAAAGUGAAGCGCAGACAUACGUGAAUGUCUCUAGUCGGAACUUGCAGACCUCCGAUGCGCCUCCUCCUCCACCUGUGGCUCCCAACGAGAGUCCUCCGAAACCAAAAUCGAAUCACGACUUGGCCCAAAGUUUGAAUGAGCUAACAAUUAAUUCUUGCAACGUUUCUCCUAAAAAGUUGGACCCUACUUUCCUAGCUGAGCUGGAGAAGCAUUUAGGUGAGAAGGAAGCGAGCAAGAACAUGAUCACCAGCCAACAGAAUCCAGAUUCGUCUGAUCCGUAUGCGUCUGUUAAUAAAUUACAAGAUAGUACAAUUCCAGCAUUAAGGCCUCCACCUCAGACUAUCAAACGUAAGUCUCCUCAGAUGGACUAUAGAAGCACCAAUCUACCUAGCAAGGUUCAGAAUUCGUGGCCAUCGAAAAGUACGAACAUACAGCAGCCUCCCAGGUCGCAGCCUGAACAACGCUUAGAAACGGCAACAGAACAGAUGGUGGGUCAAAUCUGGCAGCAGUCUCAAGCUCAGCAGCAUAGUGCCUAUAGUACUGCUCAGGGUAAUCUGAAUCUGUUGCAAAUAGCUCCUAGCAAUGUGUCCAAGCCAACGUUUAACCACGCACAGAACUCGCUACCGACGGCAAACCAGGCUAGCCACUUUCCAAAUCCCACAUUACCAACUGGCAGUCAUGGGAUAACGCAGAUUCAAAAUGAUCUUCACCAAGCACACUCCAGUAACGUUUCAAAGCCUCCAAAUGUGGUGUUUUCGGAACAAGUGUACGCAGAGUUGAAACAGACUGUACCAAACCUAGACCAACUGUCUCAAAACGAGUUUAACACGCUAUACAACAAGACAGUGCAGCAGAAUAUUCUAAGGAACUAUUAUGCAGCUAGUACGUCGGGUGCAGGUGAUUCAGCCAGCAAUCUAAGUCAUAGUCACUACUUGGAGGGAGCUGCAGCCAGCUCCCAGGCUCGUUCUGGUCAGUCUACGAGGAAUAUUUUUGGUCAAGGUCAUCCCUGUGACUUUAGUCCUCAUCUGAAGCAGCCUCCGGUAUACAAUCCUCCGCCUCCAGCAACGUGGAGUCCCAUGAAAUCGGUUCAAAACGAUCUUGGACAAGGCCAGACUGCAAUGAAGUCCAAUUUAGCUAGCAAUUUGGCUAACAGUCCCAAUCUACUCCAGCUCACGCACACUAACCAGCCUCAAGAGGGCGCCAUGACGCUGCAAGCAUCCUCGACGAGAUGUCUGCCUCCUCAGAUGACAGAGACGGUCGUUAAUACUCAAUUAGCCCCCUCCACAUCCGCGUACCCCUCUGGUGUCAGCCCCCCAUUGACCGCGGCCUCUCAACAGCUGGUCAUGUCCCUCAACGAUGAAUUUCGAGCGAACAAAGUAAUGAAGGUGCAGAGAGAGGCAGCUGAUGCAUCACAACAGGAAAUACUCACCGCGCUACAGGCAACUGGCUGGGACACCAAUCAAGCGGCCAAACAGAUCCUGAAAGACAGGCAGGCGAAGAUCGAAUCCCUUUUUAGAUUGGGCUUGGCAGAUCGACAACAGUGCGAGGGUGCUCUGAAGCAGACUGAAUACGAUGUAGAUUUAGCGGCUUCCCUUUUGUUAGAUCAGGUCAAAUGAAGCCAGAUAUUAAAAGCGAGCGCGCUCUUAUUGAAGAUAUUGUAAAGUAACUAUAGCAGUAAAUAUAGGUAUAUGUAUUUAUAAA